UCGCAGUUUAUCAAUACAGCUGUUGGAAGAAAUGGCGACGGUGUUGGCCAUGCCUUGGAGUCUUGCACACAAAUCAUUAAUUGCGUUACUUGUCUUCGUCCCAACGACAACAGUCGUCGCAUUAUUUUCGUUGACACUCCUGGCUUCAAUAAUGAAUCCGACGACUUACCCGACUGGAAGAUUUUGAAGGAUAUUUCAGAGUGGCUUGCGAGAGCAAAAAGAAAGAAAAUAGCUGGGAUCAUUGUUCUUCACGACCUAAAAUACCCAACUCCGAAACAUGUGCCAACAUUCAUUGAGAAACUGGGGCUGAGUCAUCCCCUCACGAAUGUCAUUCUCGCAACGCAAAACGUUCAAGUGGAAGCCGAAGGUCGGAAACAGGAGAAAACGCUGGAAGAUCAGUGGAGGAACACUUUUGAUCGCCGGCCAACAAUGAUCCGGUUCCAGCACACAAGGCAAUCAGCUUGGGAAAUUGUCGAGCCUAUUCUUCGUAAUCACUCGAUUGAUAGCCUACAAAUUCGGCCGAGGGUGGAAAAUGGACGCUCUGAUCGCAAGGCUGAAGCCAAGUUUAAGUGCAACAUUAUGUAG